AUUUUUAUACAAAUGGCCACUAACUCAAUCACUGCAGAUAAACUACUUUUUAUGAACCAUCGGGAAUUGCUCGAGCUUGAGAUAAGCAAGAGCGAGUCUUAUGACCUUAAGUCAUGAGAAAUUGAUGAAGACGAUAUUACUAUUAAUGAGAUCUUUUCAAGAGAGACUAACGAUAAUCCUUUAGUGGCCUCGAAGAAGGUUAACGAUAUGGAGCCAUCUGAAGUAGAGAGAGCAAUUGAGAGGAACUCUUCAGUACGGUUACUGUUGAGUCUCCACUUGUUCCCGAUUCGGGAGGCUGAGCCUGAAGAUGAAGAGACUAAGAAAAAUAAGAGACAUAAUAGAGAAUGAUCGAAGGAGGAUUUUAAUAAACUAGCUUGAACUCCAAGUCGGAAGCAAAGGAAAAGACUCAAAAUGGAGAAGAAGAAAUUAGCUAUAGCCAAAGAGAUUAUUCAAAACUGAGGGUUUAAAUCUGAGGGGGUUAACCUACCGUUCAAUUAAUUUUGAUUUUUUCUAUUAUAACCACUUAUCUUUCAAGAGAUAGCAC